AUGAGGACGGCCACGUUGUUUGCCUGUGCUGUGGUGCUAUUGGCUCUUCUCGUGACGACAGAAGGAUCGUGUGGAACUGGCUACAUGAAGUACAGACGAACUCGCACAUGUAUCCCUCCGCGGCAUGGUGGCAAGGCCUGCAGCUCAACAACUCAAUACAUAUCAAGGCAAUGCAACACGCAGCCGUGCCCAGUGGAUGCUGUGAUGUCAGCAUGGUCGUCAUGGAAACCAACAGACGAAUGUUCCAAGCCCUGUGGAACCGGACAGAUCACAUUCGAGAGAACAAGAACAUGUGAACCUCCAAAAUAUGGCGGGAAAGCAUGUGGCACUCUUUCGGAAACCGAGGUUAGAAAGUGCAACACUCAACCCUGUCCAGUGGACGGACAGUGGAGCGAGUUCGGAGAAUGGAGCCCAUAUACCGAGUGCUCGGUGUCGUGUGGUGGUGGCGCUCAAUCAAGAACGAGAACGAGAACCUGCAGCGCCCCCAAACCGCAGUACGGCGGCGCUGACUGUGUAGGGGAGGCAAUCGAGGGUGAUGAAAGAGAGUGCAAUACUCAACCUUGCCCAAUUCACGGUCAGUGGACGCAGUGGGAAGACUGGACGCCGUUGGACAACUGCCCAGUCCUGUGUGGCGGCGGACAGACCAGACUGACCAGGAGCCGGUCGUGCUCGGACCCAGCGCCGAUGUACGGGGGUGACGAGUGUGAGGGGGGAAGUGUGGACUUCCAGAACCCUGGACCCUGUAACACGGAGCCUUGUGGAGAUCUCUGUCCAGAAGGUGAACGUAAAUUCCACCCCCACGUAGAGGACAGCCACCUCUACUACAGAUGUGAUAACCACCAGGUGGCGCGACUCAACACGUGCCCGGAUAUCGGCACGUGGAAGCAGACGGCGGAACGUUGCGCGCCAGUCACGUGCGACUUGAAGUCAGGCCUCAACAAAGCUCACCCCACGGACUGCACAAAAUACAUCUUCUGUCUGAUGGGCAAGCGAGUCGUCGAGCGGAAAUGUCCACCUGGGCAUGCGUGGAACGACGAGAGCAAGCGCUGUGAGACGGCAGUCAACGGAGAGUGCUUCUACUAGAUAACCAAAGUCAGAACUACGUCAGUGGGAAUAUUUUAUGUUGAAUGUUAGAUGAAUCAUGCGUCGAAUUAUCUUGCCAGUUACACGUUUUAUGUCAGUGGGAAUUGUUGUUUAUACUCGUUUAUGUUAUUGAAUAAUAAAAUCAUAUUUACAAAUAACA